AUGAACAUUUCAUGUAUGAUCACUUCUAUUGGACUGUAUUUAGAUCCCAAAGAUGUAUUUUUAUCGUUAUCAUUAGUUUGUAAAGAGUGGCACAUAGAAUUAUCAGGAAAUUACAUAGGGUUUUGGCUAAAAUCUUACCUAUCUCUCAAGACUCCAUUCUCAUUAGAAGACGCCAAGCGCAAUAUAUCUAAGCUUUUCAAGCAAGAAAUUCUGAGGUUUAACCCAUGGAUUUCUACAGGCGGAAUGAGCCCUUACGAAUAUGGAAAUUCUUUUCAGAACAUGUGAAAUUAUAAUGGACUUCCAUAUUCUUCUUACUACGCAAGGCAAAGUCCAGGACCUUUCAAGAAAAAUUUGAAUUGCGUAGCUUAUUAUGGAGGAGGGUUUCAAUCUCACUAUUUUUACGACUCAGGCCAUUAUGAUUGGUACUGUACGUUUCAACAAGGAAAUCUUCCUAUUGAACUUUUGGAUUUUGAGAAUAACAACAAGCUUGAUAUGCUGACGCUUGCCCCGCUCUUCCCUGAAGAAAAUAUUAUUGAUCUUGAUGAGCAAGCAUCGGUCCCUAAACCUUGAGACCCACAAAUUGACUUUAAGUCAGGACGAAUAAAUGGAAAAAUUCAAUUUCCCUAUAAUCCUUGUAGAACAGAGCUAGCAUUUGUGAAUAAAAUUGCUAUAGCACGUCCUCUUUAUUUUACAGCACCCAUCAGAACAGUAGUGAUUUUUUUUAGCCAAAGUGACAGUGAAGAAAUAAAUUUGGAUCGGUUUGACAUUGCAAACAAUUUAGUGUCGAUUGAGGAUGCAAAAUUACUAGGAAUCGUUGAUAAAGAAGUCAAUGAAGAAAAAAUAAAGUAUUUGGAGUUCAAAAAAAGAGACGAGGAAUGGUAUCCUGCAAUAUGAAUUCAAUUUCAGACGUGAAAAUUAAGCCAUUUUGAAAUUGAUUUGCAGAGGAUCCAUCAGGUAGAGAGAGUAAUGGUGAAAUUAAUAGAUGCAGAUGACUGUAGAGAUAAAUACGAAGCGGAGUGGAUGGACCCUAAUUAUGAUAUUUUGUAUUGUUUGUUUUUGGGAACUUCAAUAGCAAAGGAGGAUAGUGAAGAAGCAGAAGAUAAGGAAGAGAUAUAUGAAAUAGAUAGUAAUGAAUUUAUUUUAUCCUAACUCCCCCCUCCCAUGAGUGAACAAAAAUUUUUAUGGAAAAAAAAAUUUGAUAUAUAAAUGAUAAUUAGUAUAAUGAAAUAUAGAGCUAAAUCUGUUUAAUUUUGAACGAAUUGCUUUUUUAAAACAUAAAUUUUAUUAAUUAAAUUAAUAUUUACUUUCCAAUUUUUGUGAAUUUCGAAAAAAUUACUUUCUCUUUAUAUAUAAAUUUUUAAAAAAAAAAAAAUAAUCCCCUCCGUGAGUGAACAAAAUUUUUUUGUUCACUCACGGAGGGGGGCGAGUAA